GACUGAUGCUGUUUAGAGGGGAGGAGUUUUCAUUUGAUUUCUGAGGCUACAAUUAGCCAGUGUUGAUAAAUGCCUCCCAUGCUUUGCUGGAUACUACCAUAGACAUACAUAUGCUCUGAAUGUUUUCACAGGGGAGUCGUUUGACCCCAGGAGUAGUUUAUGUCAGCCACCUGCCACUGGGACUGUUUGAGCCUCAGCUCAAAUCUUACUUCGGGCAGUUCGGGAAGGUCCUGAGGCUGCGUCUAUCCAGGAGCAAGAAGACCGGCGGAAGUAAAGGCUAUGCUUUUGUAGAGUUUGACUGUGAUGAAGUAGCCAAGAUUGUUGCAGAGACUAUGAAUAAUUACCUCAUGGGGGAGAGACUCAUCAAAUGUCACGUGAUUCCACCAGAAAAGGUGCAUGAAAAACUGUUUGUUGGCAGUCAAAGGCAAUUUAAAAAACCCAAAUAUCCUGCUGUAGCACGCUACAAUAAGACGCACACCCCAGAGCAGAUCGCCAAGAUGACCGACAAGCUACUGCGCAAAGAGUCGAAGCUUCGCAAGAGGCUUGCAGCGCACGGUAUCAACUAUGAAUUUCCAGGAUUUGCUGCCCAGGUACCUCCGAAGAAGAAGUCCUCUGAUGCCGUGAAUGCAUCUACGUGUAGUGAAGACACCACACCAGUCUGCACCCCCUCUCUUCUGGAGAGGAGGAAGUCCAUGGUUGUCGAUGACGAUGCAGAUGACGAGAUUGUGGUUAAGAUGCCGGCUGUAGAGAGGGAUGAAGAGGACGCUGCAGAGGAGGAGAGUGACAGUGAGGAUGACGAUGAGGAAGACCAAUCAGAGAGCGAGGAACCCUCCGAAGAGGAGGCAGAGGCACAAUGAAAGUCUCGAGUGAUGUAUUGUGGACUUUGGUUGUCAGAGCAGAGGUACAUCAAGAUCAGGAACUGUGUUCAAAAACAAACUGUCUUUCUGUAUGUAAACGUUACAUUACAAUGUAGGAAGAUGCUCCUGUGUAAGAUUUCACUGUAAUUGUGGGUGUUAUUGUUGGUACCAUGGAUGAUGCUGACAGAAUCAUCUCAGUGAACCCAACUAAUGACCAGCAGCUGUGCUUGGAUGUCUUUGACAAAGACAAUUUUCCAUUUUAGUGGAAGGCUGUUUCCUUUGCCAUGCAUGGCUGUAAGUGUUAAAACCUGCUGCAACGUUGUGUGUUGCUCUGUAAAUAUCCUUGUCUAAAACUUGGUUACAUUUCUACUAUGUAAACUAUGAUCUUUAAAAAUAAAUGAAUUAUUGAACUGUUAUUUCAUUAAAUAAAACAAUUAUAAUCAAUAAA